CGGCACUAUACCUUUCCUCCUUUAGAAAGGGGACCGCACAGAUCAAACUUCAACUGCGGCGCAGCACACACACGCUGUGAAUCGCUGGAUUUACAAACACAAAAGUUUCAGACUGCGCAGGCCCGCUAUUUUUAAUCCGAUCUGAUCUGCAGCUGCAAGAGGACUUCUUUUUUUUAACGAGUCUCCUGUUUUCGAUUUGAAGAUAACAGCUAAUGUACCAACGCAAAUUCUUGUUUCACUGCUAAAAGCAAAUACGGUGUUUGCAGCUCCUCGGACUAAAUCACUUUUCUUUACUGAUAUUAUUACAGGAAUGGGCUGCUUUGGAAUGUAACUAAAGAAUGCAUUUUACUGUUCGUAUUCAGCUGUAACCUAAAGCAUUUUUGUACUGCAUUUGGUUUUAGUUUUUUUGCAUUUUUGAAAAGCACAUCUCUAAUCUGGGAUUGUUUGAGUUUUUUUGGAAUUGAAACCUGUUAAUUGGAAUCAGAAUUCUUCCGACUAAGAAGAAAGGACAUAAAAAAAACUAUUUUGCUUUUCAUUUUGAAUUCUCUAAAAGAUCUGGGAUUGCUUGCCGUACAUAUCCUUCUAUCAACGCGGAAUAAAACCUGUGUGUGAUUUUUUCCUCCUGAAUUAUUUAAAUUAUUUUACUUAUAUAAAAAAUGUCUAACUGUCCAAAAAACAUUGACUCUACUUUCCAAGAAAACUUUUUGCCUCCGGUAUUCGGGGUGGAGUUUUGCGUGGCACUUUUGGGCAACAGCCUGGCUAUAUGGCUUUUGCUAACACGAGAAAGAAGACACUGGCACACAGGAAUCGUCUUUGUCUUUAACCUGGCUGUUUGCGACCUCCUCUACGUGCUGUCCUUGCCCCUGUUAAUCUACUACUAUACGAACGACAAGAACUGGAUCUUCAGCGACGCGCUCUGUCGGAUAGAACGGUUCCUGUUUACCUGCAAUUUAUACGGGAGCAUCUUUUUCAUCACCUGCAUCAGCCUGAACCGCUACGUGGGGAUUGUGCACCCGUUUUUCAUGCGCAGCUACGUGCAACCCAAACACGCCAUGAUGGUCAGCCUCGCGGUGUGGUUCUUGGUGAUCGGCAUUUGCUCGCCCGUCUUCCAUUUCUCGAUGACGGAGGAGAAGGGAAACACAACGGAGUGUCUGGGAAGCGCGACUCAUGAUAAAAUCACAGAGUACAUUCCCUAUAGCUUGUUCCUGGCCUCCUUCGGGUGCGCGUUGCCGUUUUUGGCUACUUUCGCUUCCUAUUUUGCCAUCCUGGUGGUGGUUUGGAAAAACGACAACAUUACAAAUGCGGAGAAAAUAAAAAUAGGGGAAUUGAUUUUCACAGUCAUUGUGCUGUACGUGGUCUCCUUCAUCCCCUACCACGUUCUUCGUAACGUUAACCUGUUUAACAGAGAUGAUAGCUGCUCCAGCGCCCCCAGCUUGGCAAUCUAUAAUGCCUACCAAGUUAGCAAAGUACUGGUUACUUUCAACAAGUGCAUCCAUCCUCUACUCUACGUAUCGGUUUUCGACAGCAUGAGGGCUAUUUGUGGACUGUCCACCUCUAGCGAUUCAACAGACACCAGGUACGAGGCGCUGCAAACUUCAGUGGACUCUUAGCUGUUAUGCACGUGUCACCUUAUCACAUGGACUGUGGCAACGGUGGCAUUGUACUGCAACACGGGCGCGUAAAUGGAAGUGUCUGCACGCCUGAUUUCAGCUUGCAGUUUUAUAAUGAGCUUGACGGUGUGCAGCGGGGACACACAUACAGGACUGCAUUCUCUGAGCUCUUUUGACUGCAGGGGUGGUGGAAACAGCAGUAAGAUGAAAAUAAACUUUGUGUUUUCCUUUGGAUCUGUGUGUCUAUUCUUAGAAAUAUGCAAAAACCAAAUGUGAAAAACACACAGGAUCAUAUUCAUAAAGUAUUUACCACCAUGCUCACCUAACACCAGCUUCUUUAUUAUUAUUUUUUUUAAUUGUUGUGUUAAAAAGCUUCGAAUAAGUAAGGCGUUCCAUUUUUUCUCAAAGGGUAAAAAUACAUAAAUUGCAAAACCCUUUAAACAUGCAAGAUAAACAUCGCAACUGCUGACACGUUUGAAAACUGAUCACACAUUUCACUCGUAAACACACCUGCAGCAAAACCUUGAACCCACCCUCUAAUUCUGUACACAUAAUUGCAUUCCUGAAGCCGAGGGAACACACAGUCACUUUGUGGCUUGGAACUUGGUUUCAGGAGAACAGGUUUCGGGCCACUGCACGACACAUGAGGGGAGACUUGGGGUUUAAUACAGCAAACUCAGACUAGGACUCCUGGAACCAGGUUUCAAGCCACUGCUCCUGAUAAACUGUCUUUGUGUUCCUCAGCUUCACACACCUGUUUCCUUUGAGAGUGAUUCCUUCUCCAAAUGCAGGUAUCUUGUGUAAUUGCCACAGUCAACGCUGGAUUAUUUAAACAGGUGUUCCACUGCUGGAAACUCCAUCAGCACAACUUAAUAAAGAUUGCUUCACAUGAGAAUCAUGCAGAAGAAGCCUCUAUAAGAGGAGAAGCUCAGCUUUUAUUGACACAAGAGAGCUAGAAGCUGCUUUUACAUCUACACACAUGUAUGAUAUGUCUGUUUUUUAUUAUUCAUUUAAAAAGUAUCACAAAAUUGUAAAAAAUAAAAUAAAAUAAAUAAAACAUAGUGUAGAUCUCGGACGUAUUUCAGUUUCUUCUUUUUUGUUCACGCUUUACUUUCUUGUUGUAAAAGUCAUCAG